UGGUGUGUGUGGCGAGGCUGACAUAUAGCGGCAGCGGCAGCAGCGGCGGCGGUAGCGGCAGCAGCGGCGGCAGUGGUGGCAGUGGUGGUGGCGGCGGUGGUGGUGAGCACAAUGACGGACCGUAGCCACAUACUCGCUAUAGAAAGUGAAUGUAAACAAUUGGAAGUCAGUGAUGCAUGGAAUCAAGUGUACCAGCGAAUACGAAGUGAAGGCACUUUCGAUUUGUCCUGUACAGAGGCCAAAGCACCAGGCAAUAGAAACUUAAAUCGGUACCGGGAUGUCCUUCCAUAUGAUCACUCCAGAAUUGUUCUUACUGGCAACAAUACUAAUUAUAUCAAUGCUUCUCUUGUUAAGGUAGAAUGUGUGAAUCGGUCAUAUAUCUUGACUCAGGGGCCCUUAUCACAUACCACUCCACACUUCUGGUUGAUGGUAUGGCAGCAGAAAGUUAAAGGCAUCAUCAUGCUCAACAAAAUUAUUGAGAAGAAUCAGAUAAAAUGUCAUCAGUAUUGGCCUUUGGGUGAGUGUGAAGGAGGAGAAGAUACUAUGGUGUUUUCAACAGUUGGCCUCAAGGUGGAUCUUCUCAGUAUCAGCCAUCACACGCAUUAUAAUUAUAGUACUCUAAAAUUAACAGAAAUGUCAUCAGGAAGCAGUUCCUUGAUUUUACAUUUCCAUUACACAACAUGGCCAGAUUUUGGUGUUCCUCAGUCCCCUGAAGCUUUCUACAAGUUCCUAAAUGUAGUACGAGCUAGUGGUGUGUUAGAGCCAGAUGUUGGACCAUCAGUUGUUCACUGCUCAGCUGGAAUUGGCCGUUCUGGUACUUUUUGCCUGGUGGAUUCUAUUCUCAUGAUGCUCUCCAAGGGUUUUAUGUGGGUUGGUUUAGGGUAA